GGCAAGGCAAGCUCGAUCAUCAUCAAGUAGCGCUAGCUCGAUCCCACGAGAGUGCCCCAUUUUUUUCGCGAUCCAUGGCUUCGUUUUCACUAUUGAUAGUGGCGGUGUUGCUCAGCAUGGUGCAGCUCUCCAUGGGGAGCAGGAGGUUGAUGGAGCUGUACAUACCUCCGGCGAGUGACCGGCUCACGUACCACCACGGCAGCGUGCUCAGUGGCGACAUCCCGGUGUCCAUCCUCUGGUACGGCAAGUUCUCGCCUUCGCAGAAGUCCAUCAUCGCCGACUUUCUCGGUUCGCUCACCGGCGCGCCCAACGCGGCCACGCCGUCGGUGGGGCAGUGGUGGGGCACCAUCGAACAGCUGUACCUGUCGACCGCCGCCAAGAACGGCCAGACCUCCACACGCGUGCUCCUCGAUAAGCAGGUGUCGGACGAGCAGUGCUCCCUCGGCAAGUCUCUCACCUUGGCUCAGAUCGACCAGCUCGCCGCGAGCGUCGGCAGCAAGAAGGGAGGCAUCGCGCUCGUCUUCACCGACGAGGACGUCACCGUGGAGGGUUUCUGCAGCAGCCGUUGCGGCAAGCACGGCUCGGACGCGGGCACCGGCACCACCCACAUCUGGGUCGGCAACUCCGCGACGCAGUGCCCGGGGCAGUGCGCGUGGCCGUUUGCGCAGCCGGUGUACGGGCCGCAGGGCGCGCCGUUGGUGGCGCCCAACGGCGACGUCGGCGUGGACGGGAUGGUGAUGAUCACCGCCUCGAUGGUGGCCGGCACGGUGACCAAUCCAUACGGCGACGGGUUCUACCAGGGCGCCCAGGACGCGCCGCUGGAGGCGUGCUCGGCGUGCCCAGGCGUCUACGGCAGCGGCGCGUACCCGGGGAACGCCGGGAAACUGCUCGUCGACGCCACCACCGGAGCCAGCUACAACGCCAACGGCGCGAACGGGAGGAAGUACCUGCUCCCGGCGUUGUACAAUCCCGCGACGUCGUCCUGCGACACGCUUGUGUAAUUCCCAGCGCCAGACACGGUUGCGUGGUCUGUACCUGUACGUUUCAGAAGUUGUACAUACGAGUUGCAAGAAAUGAAAUCACUUUGUUCGUUUUAA